CUCUUCUCACUCUCUGUGGAAUUCCGGCGAAGAUAGAGUUGGAUCGAAAGAGGACGAAAUCUCCGGUGGUGCCGGCGGAGCAGAAGGAGAAGCAUAAGCAGCAUCUGAAGAAGACGAAGAAGAUGUCGUUGUCUAGCAACAGACACGGUGGUGAUGGAGGUGAGGUUAGGGCAUCGCACAUACUGGUGAAGCACCAAGGUUCGCGGCGCAAGGCGUCGUGGAAGGAUCCAGAAGGCCAGGUCAUCAAAAACACCACCAGAGACAGCGCCGUCUCUCAGCUAAAGGCCUUCCGUGACGACAUCGUUUCUGGCAAAGCCAAGUUUGAGGACAUCGCCUCUCGCUUCUCCGAUUGCAGCUCUGCUAAGCGCGGCGGCGAUCUCGGUCCUUUUGGCCGUGGCCAGAUGCAGAAGCCUUUUGAAGAAGCAACUUACGCUCUGAAAGUUGGUGAGAUAAGCGACAUAGUGGAUACUGAUAGUGGAGUUCACAUAAUCAUGAGAACAGGUUGAUUACUGCAUGGACCAUGGAGUAAUUUUGUGUUGCUCCUCCUGCUUGGAGAGAACAGAUUACAUCUUUUUCUAGAUUGGUGCGAGCUGGAUUUUUCUUAACCUACGAAUAUUUUAGACAUGGCAUAGCCAGUGACCUUGUAUGAGUGAUGCUUUAUUGUUUUCUCUGUAAUUGGAAGUUGUAUGCGUAACUUUGGAUGGUUGAAUGCUACAGUGAUAUGACAUUUGUAUUAUACAAGUAUAAAUAUACUAUAACAAAAAUUCUCAUUGCAAUUUCAGCAUGAUUUAAUGGAUUUGAAUAUUAGUUUAAAUUAUUCUUUGUUUU